CCACAACCCACCGCCUGCAGUGCACCGAAGGAAGCAAAUCGAAACUCCUCAAUGAGUUCACCUUCAGAUAAAUAGUUUGUCCCCCUUUCUCUCAACUCUUAUUUUAACCAACUGGUGCCCCGACAAAAUGAAUGGCUCUCUGCACUCCUCACCCGACGUGGUGGACAUUAAGCUGAAGCGAGGACCCGCAGGCUUGGGAUUCAAUAUAGUUGGAGGCGUGGACCAGCAGUAUGUGAUGAAUGACAGUGGCAUAUAUGUGUCCAAAAUUAAAGACGAUGGAGCUGCAGCUGUGGACGGAAGACUCCAAGAGGGGGACAAGAUCCUGGCGAUCAACGGAGUCAAGCUCGAGGAUCUGACACACAGAGCUACGGUGGAUCUGUUCAGGACAGCAGGCGAGGACGUGGAGCUCCGUGUAAUGAAAAAGUUGCCCCAUCACAUGAACGGACCCACAGGCUCACAACCCGAGCACAAAUCCUCCAUGUCUUCUCUGGGAAUACUGCUCACUCUAGCGGGAGCCGCCUCCAUCUUCGCAUUCAUUUACAUGCGGCACUUCAGAAAGCAAUUUUAACGAAGCCGACGUUGUCUGUAUAUUAUUUUUAAGAUCCAAAACUUUGCAAAAGGCCAAAGAAAAGAAAGAGGGAACAAACUCUGAGCAGUAGACGAUAUUUUUUUGAUUAGUAGCUGUUUGGUGUCACUGAUGAGUUUCUCCAUGUUCAUGUGUAUAAUGUGAUUAAUGGUAGCUUCUUGACAUCUUUUCCUAUGCAAACAGAUGCUCUCUUACCACAGAGAUUACUUUGAAUAGGUAACUUUGUGAUUGUAAAGAGUAGAAGGAGGAUGUGACAUUCCUGCUGCUGGGCUGAGCUCAGGCAGAGACAAACACCUGCCCGUACACAGAAGUUGUAUGCAGAAUACUAUUAAAUCCUCGGGUCAGGUCAGACUGGCUCGAGCGUCAGGGUCCACUUACAAACUGAAAGACAGUGUUGUGUUCAGUCGCUCGUUGGCCUCUCUGUACCUCCAUCUCUGAAUGGCAGAUCUGUGUGAGGGCCGACGUGAGAGGAACUCACUGUGCUUUCAGUUUGUCAGUGUUUAAAAAUUAAUGGGGUUGAUUUUCAUUUUGCGCUGUUGCACAGAAUCAUGGGAGGAGUGGCAUCCUGCAGUUAAUGUGAUAAAUUAUGUCUGGUAAUGGACUUCAGAGUGCCUUUUUCUGCCUAUUCUAAGUAAUGGUGGUGUUUGCUGCUCCUGAUCUUGAUCAAAAUGAAAAUCAACCCACAGCGUCCAUUAAUACAUUAGAUUAAAGGAUGGUGAUAAUCUCUAUUUUCUAAAUGUCAACAAAUCCCAUAAUAAGAACCAAACCACAGUGGUUUAGCCCGUCUCUUAAUACUUUCUGACUUCCUCGCUCUCUCUGUUGCGCUCAGCCUCAAGUACAUUUGUUCCGAACGUAAAUCUUUAAGAAUACGUCAUGAACAUGGAUGGUGUUUUUGGACCGGAGGGACUUUUUACAGUCCUAAGAAUCCUCCUUUUUGUUGUAUCUGCACCGCAAGAACAAACUGGUCUCACUCCAAGAAUGUCAAAAUAUGCUGCUUAGGCAUCUAUGUAAGACGCACUGAGCCUUCCAACAACACCUCAGAGCAACAGAUGUAGUUUAAAGAGCAUAAAAGUCCGCUCAGGUGUGGUGGGAGGGGAGGUGGACGGAUCCAGAAAUUGCCAGACACUGACCCAGGACACCGGCGUUCAAGUUGCAGCAUUUGUGCAACUCAAAGCUGGCUGGUUUUUAGUGACACACUGCCUUUCUGGCCACGUUUGAGCCACUGCACUGGGUAGUUUUGUAGCCUUAACCUAAUUGCAAACCCUUACUGCAUCAAGAUAGAACGGAAAAGGCUGCCUCUUGUGUCAUCUUAGUCACACCCAGAGCUCCUGCCCAAGUGCCAAAGUAUGAUCAGUAGGGAUGAGAUCCCGUUGGCAAGAACCAGGAAUGAUCGUAGUUCUUAGAACGCAGUUUUGAGGGACUUUUGUAGCACCUAUACUCUUCCAGCACAAGAGGAACCUCGAGCGAAGAAAGUGCACUGUGAUCGUUCCAGAUGCAAGAGUACGUUGAUUGGUCGAACGCAGCCAAUGCAAUAUUGGCAAACCCCAUUUUUAAAAAAUCAUUAGCCGAGUAAGACGGCGCAAAACUAUAACUAAAAACAAAAAAAAUAUAACGUGCUUUUGACUCAAUGUGAAAGUGAAGUUGCUGCACCAGCUGCUAGCUAGAUUACAUUAUGUCACUUUAGCGUUACUAUUGGUGGUGCGAAUGCGAACAGAAAAAAAGCCUUUGAAUGUGUGUUUGUUUGAAGGAGCUCCUCAGUGGGUAGUUAGAAUCAUUUUCAAAAAUGACUCGGUUGAUUCCUUAAACAGGUGGGCACUGUAGGUUUUAGCUAACGUUACUCAAACAGGAGAAAGUGUUGAAUUUGUUGGGGACUAUUUUUAGCUGCGGAUUAAUACACAUUUGGUGCACUAGUGAGUGUUUACAGCAGCAGAAAGGUGUUUAUGUGACUGACUUCGAAUACACUACUAUGUACAUAUCCAUCAUAUUAAAGGAUCCGGUCCAACAGUGCAGCUCAUUGAUGUGUUUUUAAUAGUUUUUGGACGAUGACGGAGCGCUAUGGCACAGAGCAAGAAGAUAUAUCAGACUGUUGUUGGUUUUGAUCUUCCAAUGGGGUUUGUUGACAAUGUGAAUACAUAUUAUAACCAGAUUUAUCCUUUAAAGCAAAAUACACUUGUUCAAAGUAUCGCCAAGUAGUUUCACUUUGAAGAGUUUAUUAUAAAGUGUCACACGGUCACUCAGGGUGAGCCAUCAGAUCUUUAUCUAAGAAAUAAAUCAUGCCGCAAACAUACAUCAUGUCGUGAGCGGUUCAUUUUUUUAACACUCAGUCACAGACACUCUAAGAGACACUGCCAUGUUUGUGUCGUGUGUCACCGCCAUUUCAGACAUUCUCCUAAUUUUGCAUGGAGGCCAGUGCUUAUAAUCACACCGCACCUUCUGCUAAGUGACUGAUGAAAAUGGGAGUAGGUUGUGACGGAGGAUAUUUGUGUUCAUUUGUGUGAAGGAUCAACAGCUUAAUACUGAAAAGCAGCUUGAGCCAGCUCUAUGUAAAGGAGAGGGUUUCUUUUUUUCUUUUUUGUUAAGAAAUGAGUUGCUGUCAACAAUGUAAAAUGUUUUUUUGCACUAGCCACAAUCAUGGAACUUCUUCAGUAACUUCCAUAGAACAGAUGAAUAAGUGAAUUGUGUGUGCUGGGUGUAUUUGUCCAUAUUUGUCAGUCUGCAGCGCAUCUAUCAUGCAGUUAUCUCUGACCGUAUGUGGCUGUCGUCGUCUGUAAAUACAUUUCAUGUCGCUCUGCUGAGUGGGAUUGUGAAUAUGUGCAGUUUGCCAGAAAAAAACACAGAUCAGAAGCACUAAUAAAUUAUGCAAAAUACUUUGUGUUUUACAUCCAAGCACCUACUGUAUUAAAAUACAUGUUGAAUUCA